AGAAGGUUUAGCCUUUGUGUUGCCGAAGGCCGGUUUUCAUCACCUAUCGCAGUAAACAAAUCAUCUGUCAGAUAACCUUCUAUUUAUUUUCUCAAAUAGGCGCCACGGUAGAUCAGUUAAGUUAAGAUUUGCCAUAAAUUUGAGAAAUUUACGAACGUUACUUUUUGAUGUGUGACCAUCGUAACUCAAUAACUGUCAAACAUUUGCCCUAAAUUUAUUUUGUUACCUGCUGUUAUAAAUAUUUCGAAAAAUAUUUUAUAUUCAAUUACCGAAGAAAACGCCUGAAAAUUAGGAAGAAAACUCUAGAAUCUUUAGAAUUACAUUGUCAAUUUGUGGGUAAGAGAGCUGAUAUACGGUAUCAACAACAAAAUGGCGUAUAAGAUAUCAAAAUGGUUUCCAGUAACGAUGGCUAUAGCAUUGUCUCUCGUGUCGUGUAGUCCACAGCCUUCUAUAAACUACUACGAGCGAGUUGAGCGGAUAUAUCCAGCCCCAUACGAACGGGUCAUUCGUUAUUAUCCAGACGAUUACGUGGAAGUGGUUUAUCGGAAAACAAACAACUUCCGGUUCCGGCCUUAUGAUACAAGACGAUUGUACGAAAGAAGUCGUGGAUGGGCAGAAAGGCGUGGAAACGGAAGUUACCAGAUGCUGUCCCAAUCCGACGCACAGCUUCAAUGUCGCUUUCCCAACAGCGGGGACAUCAUAUCGAACAUUGUCUGGGUUCGCGCUGACCUCGGGAAACUGUACAGAGUUCCCGAUGGACGCAACGGUGUCCUGCAAAAUCAUCCUGGAAGAUCGUCUCUGUUCCUGGGCAAAGUCACAGCUCAUGACUCCGGUCUGUAUCGCUGCGUGGCAACAGCGAGGGAUCCCGACACUGCUCUUACACACCCUGUAUUUCAAGAUGUCGAUUUCUACCCACGUAUCUAGCGCUCACUUUCACUGACACGUAAACCCUGCAGAUGGAGACAUCACGUUUCACCGGCCGUAUUCAUUACGUGGUUUUCUUCAGUCUUUGCGUUCUACCUUGAACGUGGAAGGCCAAGAUUCACACACGCGCCACGAGAACAUCUUUUAUUUUUCACGGUUUUGGUUAAAAUUCCGGUAGACAAAAGCAUUCCUCGAAUUUAAUUUCGUCUUAAUUUCUUCUGAUUCGUUAUAGUCGUUCAUUUUCAGAGGCAUGCGAAAACAAUGCUGACGUUUAUAGCAUGUCAAUAGAAGAAUUCUGCAUUCCAUUAGAGUAAUGUCAGACAGAACUCGUUCGUGGUACCAUUACGUGCAGACGAAGGCAGGCUGGUACAAGAGGGGGGGGAUUAAUAGCAGGUAAUUCUCGCUGAGUGUAAGAGACACACCCAUUCCUGCAUUACAAUUUAUAAACGUUUCGACUCUUUGCAUUGUAUUCUCCUGACAGCUCAAAAAAUAUCUUCAUGUAAGAAAACUAAUUCAUUAGAAAUAAAUUAAAUGAAUUUAUACACACUCUACGAAUACUUAAAAUAACUUUUAAACUCUCGUGAUAUAUAUUUAACACUCAAGCUGCCAACAGUUAUGUUGUGAUUUAUUUAUUUAAGUCAGGGUUCAAACUCUUCCAGAAUUAGGGCCACAUGGACUCGCGGCCCACAGGUUUAUACAUGACAAUCGAAAAACAACGACAAUUAAUUAAAAAUUGUACUGAAUAGCAGAUUCAGAUAUUACCUAAUUUUUCUUCACGGCAACACGCGUUGUUUAUGUGACAUUUAACACUCCUUUUGAUUGAGUAAACUUUCCAUAAACAUCUGCGAGUAUUCAAUAAAACACGAUCUAGUUAUUGGUCUCAA